AACCAAAACAUGAGCACUAAAUUAUAAUUUAAUAAAUAAGACCCAACUUACCACAAAUAGUAGAUUACAAAAGGCUAUCCUUGGAAAAUAGAUGCUCUUCGACCAACUAGCGGGGAACUUAAAAGUCAAAUUCCUGUCUAAUUUUAGUAUUAUUGGUAAUCCAGACUCAGUUGAGUACAAAGGAAGCAGAGAAGGAUGUCGAUAUGGCUCCCAAAAGGAAGGGUACACUUCGACAAGACGACAGUUCAGGGUCGAAGAAGAAAAAGGAUGACAUGAAACGCAGCAAAGAAAAAAAAUCACCCAGCCGUGCAAUGACAAGCAAAUACUUGACAUUGAAGAACUAUAUUAAAGCAGAUACUUGGUUGGAAGUUUUAAGUGAAGAAUUCACCAAACCCUACUUUAUUCAGUUAGAAGGAAAACUAGCAUCAGAAUUAUCUGAAAAUAUAACCAUAUUUCCACCAAAAGAAAAAAUAUUCAAUGCUCUGAAUAUUACACCUUUGAACCAGGUGAGACUGGUUUUACUUGGACAAGACCCUUAUCAUGAUGAUGGGCAGGCGAUGGGUCUAUCAUUUUCUGUGCCAGAAGGGAUCAAGAUUCCCCCAUCACUGAGAAACAUCUACAAGGAGCUAAGCACAGAUAUCCCUGGAUUUACCACUCCACAGCAUGGAUGUCUGGAGGCCUGGGCAAGACAAGGGGUUCUUCUUCUGAAUGCCACUCUUACUGUAGAGGCCCAUAAAGCAAACUCGCAUUCAAAAUAUGGCUGGCAGAAGUUCACAGAUGAAAUCAUCCGCAAAGUAAGCGAGGCCAAUCAGCAAGUUGUAUUCUUAUUGUGGGGUGGCUUUGCUCAUAAAAAAUCUGUGUUAAUAGAUGAGAGCAAACACACAGUGAUAAAAACUGCACAUCCUUCCCCAUUAUCAUGGACUAAAUUUGAAGGCUGUAAAUGCUUCUCUAAGGUCAAUAAAGCCCUGGAAAAAUCAGGUAAAGAUCCUAUUGACUGGACACUGUAAAGAACUGAAAGCUAAGAAUAAUUGAUAAAUAGUGCCAACUAAUUGAUCACUGCCACAUCAAGGCUAGUAAGAGUGACUCUUGGACUAACUGCUGCAAUCCUCUGCCAUCAAAUUUAAAAUGGAACUUCUCAGAUUGGACACAGCGAGUGAGGUACAUGUUAUAUUAUUUAUAGUCAGAGUAGGUGCAUGAGGCUACUCUGUUUUUAAUGUUGACUGUUAUAAAAUUAGUUAAAGUUAACUUUUCAAGUUUAAUUUUGGUUGUACUACCACAAUGUCUGGUGCAGGUGCACACAAUCCAAGAGAUUUCUUCCAAUGACUCACCAUGGUGUUCACUUACAUGGACCAAUGAUGUGCUUUGAGACUUGGACAUGGCAGGUCACAUCCUCUUGUGUAAUAAUGUGUUAUAUUUAUUAAAUAACACUUGAUUGCAAUCAUCAAAAUAAAUCAAUUUUUCACACAUAGUGAGUGUUCUUUAAUGAAGAAGAUUCAAUAUCAAGUUGUUUUUAGUAAUAUCAAUGUUUUGAAAUCGUUCAAAGACAAUGUUUUGACUUGUGGAAUAGAACCUCAGUGUUGCCAUCUAUUGGCUGACCACAAUGCCAUUACUUGAUCAAUAGAUUAUAUUUUUGAGACAUGAUACAUUUAUGACUGUUGAUGUACACCAUAAAGAAUACCAUUAACUAGAGCAGUCAAAACCACUGAUCUCAUGUUGCCUGUGUAUAUUCGCAUAGAUGUAUAUAAUUUGAAUAUUGUGUUUGUGUUUUGUCAUCAUGAGAACACACUUUUCAACACUAGUACAACAGUCCCCACAAAUAAUUAAUGUUAUGAUUUUAUUCACUUUAAGAUAUUAUAUGUACUUGUGUUACAUACCUAGCGAAGCUUUCAUAUGAGAGUCAAUGGAAAACUAGACAUAGCCUGCCUCAUUAAUAACAGUGCAAGGCAAUGCUAUGAAGUCGUUCAAGUCAUGUUUCAUUUCUGCCAAAUUUUACUUGCACACAAAUGUGUGACGUCAUUGACAUAAAGUAGUCAUGGGAAUAUUUCAGGUCAAAGUGACAUAACCUCUCAAUAUUCCAUGUAAAUAAUAUUUAAAGGGCAAUCUCCUGUAAAUAUAAUCAUCAAUCAAUAGACUGAUAAUAUCAAAGGUUGAAAGAAUAACCCGAGUAUAAAGCAGCAUGACAAGUUAAAAGUUGAAUUUUUUACUCUCACCCUUUUUUCAAUUUUAAUAAAUGCAUUAAAUGAUUUUUUCAAUAUUGAAUAAUUUCAUAAAAGAAGCUUGUUAUUAAUGGAAAGUCUAUUGAUGAUGCAAGCUAUUAAACAUUCUGAAUUAAAUUUUUUGUAUUUCAGGAUCAGAAGACCACUUGUUUUCCCUUCAAUGUUGUUAUUUAGAGUUGCAAUAAUAAUUCAACUUUUAAACACCUUUUCACUUUGAACA